CUCAGUGAAGGGGAUUCUCCGUAACCAGCUGUAGCUUAACGUGAUUUGUCACCUCAGUCACUCUCUAUUCCCCGUGAGGAAACGUUCCUUUUUCUUCUAAUCAUUACCGCUUCAACGUUUAAUUCCUCCGCUGGCAUGUUGAAGCUGUCAAUCAAACCUGUGGAAGGUACUCUCAAGCUGCAUUGAGAGACAGAGAGAGUAGAAGAAGAGUAGAAGAAGUUUUAGUCCAGCUCAAAGGGCACCUUUUUUUCAGUUCUCGGAUUCAUUCACCUUUUGAUUGAGACUAUAUACUAUGGUAAAUGAAACUAUGAAGACAGUGGUGUUACGGCAGAGGAUUUUUCUUAGCCAAACUCAAGAUCCAGGAUUUUUUAUUUAUCUCAAUUGAAAUGCACAGGAUCACCAGAUUCAUUGACGGAUCUGUUUGGACUCUUUUGGCUCUAGACAUACCUGCAGUAUAUGUGAAGUUGGGAGACCAGAGUGAGCUAGGUGAUGGUUCAACAGGCUAACGAAGCUAGAUGCUAAUUCUUUCUGUUCCGGCAUCCAGUCAGCUGACAAUCCAGCAGAUAACAAUCAAGCGAUGACCACGGUAUCCAUAGAGCCCCUGCUGGUCCUGAUGGAGCUGAUCCCCAACGCCACCGACCCGCCUUUAGACUCCACCCCUUCCUCUCCCGAAGACACCGCCGCCACCUUCACAAUAGGCUGUAUUCUCUCCCUCAUGUGUCUAGUCGGCGUCUCCGGAAACAUCUACACCCUCGUGGUCAUGUGUCAAUCCAUGCGUUUCGCGGCGUCCAUGUAUAUUUACAUCAUCAAUUUAGCCCUGGCUGACCUGCUCUAUCUGUUGACCAUUCCGUUCGUGGUCUGCACGUACUUCCUGAAAGGUUGGUAUUUUGGCGAUGCUGGGUGCAGGAUUCUAAUCAGUAUGGAUUUUCUGACGAUGCACGCCAGCAUUUUCACGCUGACCAUCAUGAGCACGGAGAGAUACUUUGCCGUGCUGAAACCGCUGGACACAGUCAAGCGGUCAAAGAGCUACCGCAAAGCCAUUGCGGUGCUUGUAUGGGUGGCUUCCCUGGUCCUGACUUUACCCAUGAUUCUCAGUAUUCAGAUGAUGAAGGUGGGGAGCAAGGCCAUGUGCCAGCCAACUAUCUCACCGCUGUCCUAUAAGGUGUACAUCACCUUCCUGUUCUGUACCAGCAUUGUGGCUCCGGGGAUGAUCAUUGGCUUUCUCUACAUCGGACUGGCUCGUACCUACUGGAUCUCACAGACAGAAACCUUCAAACAGACCAAGAAACUACCCAACCAAAAGGUCCUCUAUCUGAUCUUCACCAUUGUACUGCUGUUCUGGGCCUGUUUCCUGCCCUUCUGGAUCUGGCAGCUCCUGGGUCAGUUCCAGCCCUCCAUCCAUCUCUCCACCAAGUCCAAGCGCAACAUCAACUACUUGACCACCUGUCUCACCUACUCCAACAGCUGCAUCAACCCUUUCCUCUACACGCUGCUCACCAAGAACUAUAAGGAGUACCUGCGGAAGCGCCAGCGUACCUGGACUGCGGGCAGCUACUUCAACCGAUGGAACCGGUUCCAGCGAUCACCAAGGAGGUCGCUGUCCUCCAGCAGCCAGCAGUGCACGGAGAGCUUCGUGCUCACGCACACACCGUCUCUGCGCACCACGCACAACAGCAGCCUGUGAGGUAUAGGAGAA